AUGUUUGAUUGGAAAUCGCAGUGCCUUAAGUCAGUGCUGUGGGGUAUCUGUCAAAGGAGGGAAAGAAACGUAUCCAUCAAUGGGGUUGAUAACAAUGGGAGUAGCCGGCCUGGUGGCUGCAGCUACCUCUCUAAUGUGAGGCCAGAGAACAGGAGCACACUCUGCAGUGUGAUGGCACAAUUAACAGAAGAAACACAACCCUCCUUUGAAACAACCCUGAAGUCAAAAUCUGUGUCUGAGAAAAGCAAUGUGAAGUUCUCUUGUGUGGUUAAAGGAUACCCUGCCCCUCAAAUUAUUUGGUAUAAAGAUGAUAUGCAGUUGGACAGAUACUGUGGACUACCUAAAUAUGAAAUAUUCCGCAAUGGACAAAACCAUUCCCUGCACAUUUACAAUUGCACUGUGGAGGAUGCAGCUAUAUACCAGGCAUCAGCCAGCAACAAUAAAGGUAUUGUGUCUUGUUCUGGGGUUCUGGAGGUUGGUGAAAUGAAUGAAUUCAAGAUCCACCAGCGCUACUUUGCCAAGUUGAAACAAAAGGCUGAAAACAAACGCAAGGAAGUUGAAGGUAAAGAAAACCAGGAGCCAUUACGAACCAUCAGUCCAGACCGCACACAGAGGAAACGUCGUUCGACAAUGGAGGCUUUUCUGAGCAUACCAAGUUCCAUGGAGGAUGAGGGCAAUGAGGAGAGCGAGCAGACUGUAGCAUUGGAGUCUGAGGCCACUGCUGUGGAGGAGGUGGAAGAAAGGCCAGUCCCUGUCACUAAUGGAGCAGUCUCUGUUGUAACUAAUGGACAGGUCAUCAGUGAAAAUGGUAGUAAGGGUGGGACUUAUACAUAUGACUCUGCCCAGAAGAUGUUCACUUUGCACCAACCAAAAACUCCCUUUCUCAAGAAGAAGAUUAAAAUUUCCAACAGUCCAAAAGUCGCAAAAGCUGAUACUCAAGGAGAAAGGGUGUCUGACGAGAGAAGGGAAAAAGAGGAGCCCCCCACCUCUGUGGCUCUGACUUGCACAGAGUCUGGACAUUCGAAGGGAAAUUUAGUGGAGGAUAUGGAAGUAGAGAAUAUUGUUAGUUCUUCAGUUUUGGAUUCAGACUCCAGAAAUGUUGCACAACAACAUCUGAAAUCACCAAUGGAGGAAGCAUUGUUUGUUUCAAAGGAUGAAAAUGUUUGUUCUGUGCCCUCACAGAAAGAACAGCUCACUGCCUCAGUAUCUCUUGCUGCUUACACAUCCACAAAAAACAUAGCCUCAGGAACUGAAGGUAAACUAGCCACAAAGCAUAAAAAGGAAAAUGAGCACAAAGAUACAGAAGAAAACCUGGAAAUGCAGAACCAAAAUCCUCAUAUGAUGUCACCACAACUACAGGCGAGUGCUGUAACAGCUCCCCAACAAGCCCAAAUCAUAAAGCACAUUACCAUCACAGAUGAUGUUACAGUCGUGGAUGUUAAUGGUAAGUCAAAUACUUCCACUGAUGGAACUUUGUUGAACAGAGACUUUGAGUCAGUGGACACAUCAUGUGAACGCAGGAUUGCUUUGCCUCAGCGUCCGUGUGAACAGACUGGAGAUCAGCUGUCUGAGAAGGAAACAACCCCCUGCCAAAAGAAUGUGUCUGUGCUUCAGCAAGUGCUGCUGAACGAGGUUACACAGGCCCAUACAAAGAUGAACAGGAAUGAUGCACCUGUCAACCUUGAGCUACCACUCAACCAAUGUUCAAUGGAAGCACGGCUACCACAAAAGACUCCAUCAGAACGAGAGACCACAACAGAUGACAUCCAGACCCCUUCUGCGCACCAUAGUCUUCAAGCAGCCAUUGACAAAAUGACACAGGACACAUGGGAUCAUUCCAGGGGAUCAAAUGUAAGCCAUACGGCCCUUUUUACAGACCUACAGAAGUCACCCUUCGAAAGCCCUGGUGGUGGGGAGAGCACCCCAGGGUGUAAUGUUUCACCCACCAACCAGCAAAGCCAAGUUGAUACACCUAUAAAAUCUGAAGGGACAGAAAUACAAGUUGAUGAGAAGUUAGAGGGUAAUGAGGUAGGUAAGUUAUCAGUGCAGGCUGACAGUGUGGUGCCAGAUGAAAUUAUAGUUGAGAUGGAAACUGAAAUUGCUGCUGCACAUAGGAUUGAACAAACUGAAAUAGAAAAGACCAAAGAUAAAGCAGAUAAACGUACUGAUGUUAUCAUUUUGGAUGCAUGUAAUGAAGAAAUGGACAAGAAUGAGCCCAUAUUAAAAAUGGAGGAGAAAACCAGUUCAGAGUUACAUAUUGUAAACCCAGCUAAAUUUGAGACUGCUAUGCCACAUCUAAAAAAACCUCCCGAAAAUACAAACUUAUGCGAGCAUCAAAUUAAAGGCUUCAAAGAAAUUCCAAAAACUGUGACACGAGUCAUAUCUGUUGCUGAACUUUUGAGAUCUCAAUUACAGGCUCUUGAUGUCACAGUUGCAAAUUCAAUGCCCACCUUGCUGGUCCCUGCUGAGUAUGAGCAAAAUCACACUACAAUAGCUACAGACACAUGUCAGGAAUUAAGAGGUGAUGAGAGCAACUGUAAACUGGAAGUGAAGAUGUCAAUUCCUGACAGGAAAACUGAAACAAGUAUUGAUAAUCCUCCUCUCAAAAACAUUAAGGAAACCCUCAUGGAAAUUUACCAUCAACUAAAUCUUACUGAUCAGGAACAAACAGAAACUCAAGGUAGAAUUUCACCACCUGUUCAGGAUUCACAAAAACCUCUUGUCAUCCCUCCUAUCUCUGUCAUAGACACUGGCACCACUGGACAACAUGGCAGUGCCAAAGAAUAUAAUGAAACUGUUAUGGACAUUGGCCAGGAAAUUAAAGUAUCACUGCUGGUUUCUCCAAAAGAUUGCCCUGCUGUUUCCAUCUCUGAGAGUGAAAAUGUCAGAAACAGUAUUACUCCUAUGACAUCAAAGGAGGAACUGACCCAAAGACUUACAUCAAGUUCAAACCUAUCUGGAAAAGUCCAUCAAGAACCUGGGACACCACCUACAAUGACACCAAUGAAGGCCAGCAGUCAAGAGCAUACCACAGGUGAACCUGUUCAAGGCAAAGACAUGGGAUCUGUCCAAACAUUAACUCCAAAAGUUCAAGUCAACAGCAAAAGUCAGUGGAAGAAAACUGAAAUGAAUUCAACAACAUUUUCAGAUCAAUGCAAAAUGGAAGAACACAACACAAACAGUUGUUUACAGAGUGUGUCAACAACUCCCACUAAAAGUGUACUUGGCACUGACACACAAGAAAAUAAUCAUCAACCUAUUGAACAGGAGAGUCCUAUGGUUGAGGAAUUUUCAAGGACUGAUUCCUUAACUAAUCCAAAUCCUGGGCCUAGUCCACUGUUAAAGAGAAGAAACUGUGUUUCUCCCAUUCCCUCUGCUACUCCACAAGAGCUGGCUUCUGGGGCCCGCCGCAAAAUCCUAAUACCUAAGGCCAAACCCGAGGAGGCCACAAUUCUGAUUGAUAACCAAACUCAGAAAAAGGAGGCGUCUAUACAAAGCAGUAAGCUAUCCUCAAGUCCUUCGUUGCUCUCUUCAUCUCCAAGCAUGUCACGACGGUCACCUCUGCUUCAGCCCUCUGGCGAGAGGACCUCUCCAGUAGAAAAGCAAUCUCCACUCCUCAGCAGGAGGAAGAUGACAGCUGAGACUAAAUCACCAAACCAGCAGCCUACUGAGGAAAUCUCCACAAUGAAAACUGAGGUUAAACCUGCAGAGAAGGACAAGCAUGAUCCAUUCAAAGCUCCUCAGGUUAUCCGUAAAAUCAGGGGUGAAACCUUUGCAGAUGCCUCAGGACACUUGAAACUUUGGUGCCAGUUCUUCAAUGUUCUCAGUGACUCUACAAUCACAUGGUACAGAAAUGAAGUGAAGAUUGUGCAGAUGAAAAGAAAUGCAGGGGAUGAAACUCAGGUCAAUCUUGCUAUUGCUCAAGCAUCAAGCAAAGACUCUGGUGUUUAUGGAUGCACAAUCACAAAUGAAUAUGGGACAGACUCAACAGAUUACCUACUUAGUGCAGAUAGAAUGUCCCUACGUGAGGAGCUUGGUGUCGGAGAAGAAAUUGAAAUGACACCACUGGUAUUCAACAAGGGUUUGGCCGAUUCUGGAAUCUGGGGCAACAAAUUCUUUGGCCGUAUAAUGAUGCAGGAGUCUCGUAUUGGUGAUGGCUGUGCUCACAAAGUCUGGAGGGCAAAAGUCAUCUAUGGCCUGGAGCCUGUGUUUGAGUCUGGAAACACGUGUAUCGUUAAAGUACCCAACCCUAUCGCCUAUGGAGGCAAAACGGAAAGCUGCCUUAUAGACAGGAACCUGGACUUUGUCAGGAAGGAGUGUAAAAUUCAGAACUUGGCUCGCGAAUACUGUAAAAUCUUCUCCGCAGAGGCGAGAGUGAUUGAAAACUUUGGGCCUUCUCUGGAGGUAAUUCCGGUCUACUUGAUGUAUCGUCCAGCAAACACAAUCCCUUAUGCUACAGUGGAGGCUGAUCUGAUGGGAGUAUAUCAGAAAUAUUGUCUCCUGGAUCAUACGGGCAGGAUAGAAAUGAAGACUGCAUCUGAGGUGGAGCAGAAGUGCUGUGCUCUGCAGCACUGGAUCUUCCAAUGGACCAAUGGAAAUCUACUACUCACUCAGCUAGAAGGUGUUGACACAAAGAUCACCAAUGUUGGAAUUACAGUCAAAUCUACGGGGCAUCUAGGUCUCUCUGUUGAGGGGAAUCCCAAAGUUUUUGAGCAGUUCAUCUCUCAGCACCAGUGUAACUAUUUCUGUGGUCUACUCAGCCUGAGAUCACUAAAGGUCUUGGACUCUUUAAUGACACCAACAAAGCCCAAGGGUUCCAGGAGCCCCUUACUUCAACGCAAGAUGACUGCUGGUUCCUCCAGCCCUCAGACUGGCAGGAAAACUGCUAGCAGCCCCAGACUGCCCAGGAAGGCUGAGCAACAAGGCAGCAAGACCGCCACUAAACAAAACUGUUAA